AUGAGGGAGGUAUACUUGGUGCUGUUUUUAAUGUUCUUGGGAUGGGGAAGCCCAGAAGCCAAUACAACUAUCCGGGCCGAAACGAGCCACCUUAGCUUGACUUCUACUGAAACGCAGAACUUCAGAGAUGGAGUGGCAACCCCUGCCCUUCCCACCGCAGAAAAUCCAGCCGCGUUGGCGAACACGAGCCACGAGGAGGGGGUAAGACCUCCGCUACCCACGAAGGAGUCUCCCGGAUUACAAGCUCUGCCAGCGACACAGGAGAAGAAUCCCUCGACCCCUACGAAUCCCAAAAGAGGGAUCAAUGGUAGCGGCAUCCCAAACGCUAAGACGCAAGCUCUCCUUAACAGUACAGGGAUACCUGCGCAAAGCCAACCUAGGAAAGGCCCUCUUCAAGGCGAAGGUCCUAGAAUCCAGAAAGGAGCUACAGGGAACAGAUCUUCCAGGCAAUCGGACUAUAGCAGCAGCAAAACGCCCAGCUUUGAAACGACCAGAGGAAAGAAUUGGUGCGCUUACGUCCACACAAGGCUGCAGCCCACCAUAGUGGUUGACAACGUGGAAAACUAUGCAUCGGGCAGAACCAAACCUUGUAGCUGGAUUAGUGGACCCUGCGGAUCAAGCUCUCACUCAAGGACUCACCAAGCUUACCGGAUCAAACACAUGAUUGUGACUUCGCUGGAGUGGAAGUGCUGCCCUGGAUACGGCGGGCCAACGUGCCAACCCAAAGCCCAAAAGGAUCAAUUGCUUAUACACAGCAACCAGGCCGAAAGCAACGCCGCUGUCAACGGGGGAGCACUGGAAAACCGCCUGCCGUAUCAGCAGCAGCAGGACCUCAGCAGCCCAGCAAUUGCACAGAAAAUGAAUGAGCAGAUUAGCAGCCAGGAGAUGAAACUGACUUUGCUACAGAAGAAGGUUGACAACAUUUCGGUCGUCAUGAGUGAUGUGAGCAAGACACUCUCCUCUCUGGAAGGCAAAAUCAAUGAAGAUAAGGGCAGAGACUUGCAGGCUUUUCUAAAAGGUCUCAAGUCCAAAAGCAUUGAUGAGCUAAUGAAAGAGACUGUAAAAGAGCAGUUCAAAGUCUUCCAAAACGACAUGCAAGAGACUCUAGCCCAGAUUUUCAAGAUGAUGUCUGAUCUAUCUGAAAAUCUUGAGAGUACCAAAGCAAUGGUCAAAGGUUUGAACGCAUCUCAACAAAAAUUUACCUUGGAAAUAGAAAAUAGACCUGUAAAGACGGAAAUCCUAGAGAUAAAGACCCAGAUCCUGCACAUUGAGGAGGAGAUAAGCAUUACAUGUGAUCAGCCAAUCAAAGAUUUGCAGGAAAAGCAGAAGGCUAUGGGGGUUGCCUUGGAGCAUCAAAGUUCAAAGAGUGACAUUUACUAUGAAUCCCUGAACAAGACUCUGAGCCAAAUGAAAGAAGUUCACAAGCAGCUGUUAUCUGCUGAAAGGGUCUCAGAUCAAAACAUCCCAACAGCAACAGAAGGUAAAUCGGUGAGCGAUAACAUUACAGAUUACAUGAUUGGUCUGCACGAGAAAGUGAAAACCCAGAGUCUGGUGGUUCUGCAGUUGUAUGAUGAUCUCAGAGUCCAAGACAGCAAGAUCAACAACCUCACUCUAGCUCUGGAGAUCCAGAAAGACUCCUUACCGGGAGCAUUUGAUGACAUAUUGUCUGAGUGCCGGAAGGAAUUCCAAACACAACUGAAGGGAGCAGAAGAGAGCAUGCUUACUUUAAACAGAACAAUGACAAACCUUGUGUUUCCUUUGGAUGAGAAGAUGGACAGAAUGACAGAGCAGAUUAAUGACCUCUGUUACGAUAUGGAGAUCCUCCAGCCUUUGAUUGAGCAAGGAAUGCCUUUUAGCCUUCCGUCAGAGGAUGAGCAGCAGAUCGAAAGAGCGGCUAUAAACCAGAAGCUGGAAAAUUUAACCAGUGCUGUGACGGGGUUGAGUUCCACCAUCAAGGAUCUCGCCAAAAGCCAAAAGGAGCUUAAAACUGAAGCUCAAGCUCAUGAGGAAGAAUCUGAGAGACGAAUUAAUGAAUGUUUUGUUUUAAUGGAAGAUGGCUUAAACAAGACCAUGAUGGUGAUCAACAGUGCCAUUGACUCUAUUCAGGAUAACUAUGUAAUGAAGGAAGCAUUGGAUACCUUCAGAAACGAAACAACAGCUUGCUGCCGCGGAGCAGAGAACAUGGAAAGCAUAUUGACAUGGAUACCUCAGUUCCAAGUAAUGAACGAAUCCCUUCAGAUACUAGUCAAUGAGAAUCAGAAACAUGGCUUUGUUACCAGAAGGACUGUGCCUUUUUCGGAUUCUUCAUCAGGUGAACAGACCAGAAUAAGGCUCCCUGAUCUUAACCAAGUCCAUCAAGUUUGGAACACAACAUUGUUGAAUACACAAGAGCAUCACCGAGUCACUGGUCACCAGGAAGAGAGGCUCUUGCACCCAGCACCGGAGCCUGAAGAUCAUGAAGUACGCCUUCGGGCCGUGGAAGCAAAAGUAGCCAAGUUUUUGGCAAACAGCUGUGUCUCAGUACGAAAUGUCAAAGCCGCUUUAUCCGAAAAGGACAAAGUGAUCUCUGGUCAGUUUCAGGCCCUGAGUUCCAGAAUCAGAGCACUGGAAGCCAAAUCCAUCCGUGUUUCUGUGAGCCUUCCGCUCUUAAACAAGACUGCUUAUGAAGCCAGGAGCUUGUGUCAAGACGUGUCUGGAAGAAUCCAGGAGGUCAAUGCCAGCAUUCCCAUGUUAAUGCAAGUUGCUCACCCAGAUAUUGUGCUGUUUCAGAAAGGCUUGCAAGAGUUCACUGAAUCUGUGCUGGAGAUAAAAGCAGGAGUGAUCCUAUCUAAUCUAACUGGCUAUAUAGAUAAGUGCCUUACUGAUGCCGUAUAUAAUAUUACCAAACGUCUGAAGCCAGCUCCUCCCGUUGUAAAAAAGCCGGGAACUGUAAAAAAGAUGGCAGCAAACACUACCACAAACCAGUCUGGACGGAGUCAGAGAAACACAGAUACUGCUUUAGAUACAGAUGCUUAUUUGAGCUGCGGUAGUUUCCCUUGCCAAAAUGGAGGGACCUGCGUCAACGAAAGGAAGGGCUUUGUCUGCGCUUGCCGCUACCCCUUUGGAGGAGCCACCUGCAGUACAAAGAUGAUGGAGGAAAACUCCGCCGCCAUAGAUUUCUCAAAGGGAUCUUACAGGUAUGCACCCAUGGUGGCCUUUUUUGCUUCGCACACCUACGGGAUGAACACUCCUGGCCCUAUUCGGUUUAACAAUCUGGACGUCAACUAUGGUUCCUCCUAUGUCCCAUCAAAUGGAAAGUUCCGUGUGCCGUACCUUGGCGUUUAUGUUUUUGAAUAUACUAUUGAGUCACGCAGCCCACGCCUCUCUGGCUACCUCGUGGUUGACGGGACAGACAAGCUGACUUUCCAGUCUGAAAACACAAAUGAUGAGAAGAAGUACACGGACAGGGUGGUUACCGGGUAUGCCUUACUGGAACUGAACUAUGGUCAAGAAGUCUGGCUCAGGCUGGUGACAGGAUCCAUUCCAGCCACAUAUCCACCUGUAACUACAUUUACUGGGUACUUAUUGUACCGUACAUAAACCAGUUGCACAUAAAAGCUUUCCUCCAUAAAGGAAGCCCUUUCCUUUUGCUUCCAAGUUCUCCUUCUACCACAGCA